AUGACUCUCUCGCCAUUUGUGUUGCUCAGGAGUUGCUCCUCACUUCGAUUUUGUUGGCGGCGAUGUUUCCGAGUUGUUGUAGGUUUAAUUGUGGUAUGUGUGCUUGGGUUGAUGCAUCUUACGAUAAAUGCUCCACGAGACAACUUCCACAUCAAGACACUUAAAGUACAUAAAGGUUGUAAGCACGAGGCAAAUUGUGGGACGAAACCAACUGGCUUCUACAACGCAACAAGAACAACUACAUUUGCAAGCAAGGGUAGUAUCGAGAAUCAACAUUUAGCAGUUAAAGCAGGGUAUUUGAAUGUCCACACAUGGUUUGGAAUAUGUGGAACAGCAGUUGAUAAUUUGAGAUUGUGGCCUCAUUUUCCAUAUCUGCCGGAUAAGCGUUCCUCUAUUUGGGGAUUUCAAAGAACUCAAGACCAUGCUACGGACAGUAAUGGCGAAAGAAUUUUUGGUUUCGUCCACCCGCAAAGAGAUGGCAUUUACCAAUUUGCCAUUACUUCAGAUGAUGCGUCGGAGUUAUGGUUGAGCUGCAAUGAAAGUGUUGCAUUUAGUGAAAGAAUCGCCCGUGUUUACUCUCCUAGUGAGUCUGCUUGGACUGAAGAAGGAGACUACCAGAAAUAUCCUGAACAAAUAUCUAAAAAGAUUACCCUUCAAGCCAAUAAGAGAUAUUACAUCGAGACUUUGAGUAAGCAAGGUUCAGGUGCAGCUCAUGUGGCUGUAUAUUGGUCCUUCAAUUCUUCAAAGUUUGAAAUAAUAUCUUCAAGGUUCUUGUCCAAUUAUUCCGAAAGCAAGAAUCAUGAAUCUAUUCCCCCGCACGUAGGAAAACAAGGGGUUAUCUCAAUUCAAGGCAUACAAGACUGGAUUCAAGAGAAAGGCAAUUUAUUUCAUUUCAAUCGUCUCCCACUAUUAGAUAGAAAAUUAUACACUAGUUAUAUUCCAACAUGUCCUUACAGUCCGAGCUUUCUGGUGCGAAGAAAACUCCAGCCACAAGAGGCUGCGUGGAAAUGGAUGGCAAAUGAAUCAUAUGUUUACCCAAAAGAUGAUACUGACAUGAUCACGAGUAUUUUUCAAUCAUACUGGAGCAAGCCUAAUCCACUGAUUGAUGAAGGCAGAGUUGAAUCGGUCGUCAACAAGUUUAUGACGAUGGGUUCCUUGAACUCAAGGUACUAUUUAUUCUGAUUCCUUCAUCAGUCGUUCAGUAAACAAACGUAUUUUCGCAGAUUAAUAACCAAUCCUUUGAACAAUCUUUCGUUUAUUUACGGCUGACUUAAAAAAUGUCCUUUAAUCAGAUUCCGCCCCAAACAAUGAUUGACGAGGAAAAUCAGUUACAAAUUAACGGAGCGUCUUGAAUAAUUUUGAAGUGUAAAUUUUCAUUUAAAAUUAUUCAAUGUUAAAACUGUCUGUCAUCGUGCCGAUCGGAAUUCAUUAUUUCUUCUCAGAGAUGAGAUAAUAAAGUAUCAGUGUAACCCAAAAUAGGUCAUUUCAGGCAAGAAAAAUUGUCUUUACUUUCGGAAUGAUCUCUCACGACAGGAAAAGAGUUAUUCUGAGAAACGUCUACAUCGUACUAGCUCUAAUUAUCAACGAAGCGGCACCUACAUUGUUUUUAGGACGCCGAUAAGUCUGCAUAGGGCCUACCGCUAAAGAAAAGAGUUAAUUUAAGAAACGUCAUCAACGUACCAGCUCUAAAUAUCAACUGGCUUGAGGCACCUACAUUUUCGUUUUAGGCGACGAUAAAUUCUAGUUAUUUUUCGCUACCGUUUUAAAGUCUAAUUAACACGGUGAUGAGUAGAUCAAGGUUUCUAAUCUUAUAUUUUUCUUUAGAGACUAUUUUUUGAAAAAAAUUCACAAAGUCAUUCAGAAGCCUGACCCCAAGAACGGUGAUCGCUUCCUACUCAACCUGGAACUUGGCUUGAACAACACCAAUCAAACUUUUCGGUUGUCAGAGCACGUUUACCAACCAAAAGGAAAAGAAAACUUGUGCCUUCCUGAUGGAAUGAAUUGGAAUAAUAGUGCCAAGGUCUACUUCAUUCUACCUGUGAAAGAUCAAGGAAACUGGGUGCAACAUUUUAUCAAUCAACUUACUGACGCCAGCUUAUUAACCAAUGACACGAAUUUUCACGUAAUGGUGAUUGACUUUGAGAGUAAAGACAUCGAUAUGGCUAAGGCAUUCAACACAUCUUUACUCAGCAGCAGACAUAAUAUUAUUUCACUGACUGGUAAAUUCUACAAAACACUUGCAUUAAACAAGGCAGUGCAGCUUGUUCCUCAUGCUCAUGAUAUAAUUUUCCUAAUCGAUCUUCAUGUUGAUGUCCCAGCAGACAUCAUGGAUAGCGUGCGCAUGGUAAGGAUUUCACACAUUGGUGUUGUAGAAUACAUUCGAAAAAGUUGAGUAUUCCGAUUCUGUAACAUUCAUUAGUAAUCAGGGACACGAACAUUUAUUGCCCAAGGGAAUUUAUAAGGAUUCAAUGUGAGUAAGCACCCAUUUCAGACCCAUAUAAUAGAGUGAGCUUAAGAUUACAAGAAUUACAUGGCUUUUUUGGGGAAUAGUAAAAAGCCAAUCAACAAUCGCAUGGAUAAAUUAAAAAACUUUUACAAUCCUGAGAAAUAACAAAUGUUUUUGCCCAGUAUGCUCCUCAACUAGUUUGGUGGUUAGAGUGAGUAAUGUUCAGCAAAGCUAGCUUGCUGCAAAAAUAAAAUGCAUUCAAGGCUAAGCGACGAAGCACAAGAGGGCCUGCAAAGCUCCCACGCGCGCCACUUGGCGGAAUGAUACGUAUUGUUCGACUUGUUGAGAACAUGUACCUUCUUGUGCAUUGCCCAUUUGGUAAAUUUGAUCUCGGGCAUGCGUUCAAAACAGAUCAGUUUGCAACAUCUAAUCCCUGGUUUCGUUCUUUAUUGAAAGAUUUGCUGACCAUGAGCUUAGUCCCAUGUAAUGCGAACGUCCUUUGCCGAGCCCUUGAGGAGAUUUCUGAGCUUGUGAAGUAGGUCGAGUAGGAUUCCAAAUCAUGCCUCUUUAUUCCUUUUUAGAACACCAUCGCAGGCCGGAUGACUUACUUUCCUGUUGUUGGUCGACUUGAUUGCGAUAGUUCUUCUAUAGAACACAGAGGCUUUUGGCAGAUGAAUGGCUACGGAAUUAUGGCCAUAUACAAGUCAGACUGGGACAAAUUUGGGGGUGAGUUUCAGGAUUUACAGUUUGUUGUAUUUACAGAUACAUGAAACUGUUUGGUCAAUAGAUUUCUUUGUCUUCAUUGGUAAUUGCGCCCCCUUUUCUCAAGGUCUGGUUAAGGUUCAAAUUCACUUUUUGCGCUGUUAAUGUUCCCGCUAACUUCUCAAUUGGUUUUAUUCAUCGAUCACACAUCAUCACCCUUAGGAAUGAAUACAAAGGACUACAAAUACCGCUGGGGUGGAGAGGACUGGGACCUACUCAACCGCGUUAUGAUGUUACCUGUAGAAGUGGAACGGAUCAAGCAUCCAGGACUUUAUCAUCAUUAUCAUGCCAAGCAGAGACAGUGGAACUAG